AUGUCUGAUACUAGCGAAGAUAGCGGAGAGUCAAGUCAAACUCAAACUCCAAAAAUUAUCAAACCAUCGUGUAGAUCUUCGAAAUCUGAAGGCAAAGAGGGGAAAUCAAAAUCAAAAUUGAGAAAAGUUUCGAAAAAACGAGUAUGUGCUUAUACUACAAUUUCGAACUAUGAUACAGCAUCGGAGAAAACGGAAAAAGGAAAGAAAAUCUACAUCGAUAUUCGUUUUAGCGAUGCUGAGUGAGUUUUUGAAAUGAAAAUUUUCCAACCCUCAUAACAAGUUUUUCAAUUUCAGAGAUGACGACGAGUCUUCAACUUCUUCUGAUAGACCUGAUGAUCUGAAAAGACCUAUAAGAUCAUUCAUGAAAAUGUUGAAAAUAGAUUUGGAAAAAUCUUCUCGUCCUAGUCGUUCUUCAUCCAAAACAUCUAAAAGUUCAAUCGUUUCCACGAAAAGUUCAACAAGAAGCAAAAAAUCAAAAUCAUCGUCUCAAACUAGAAAAUCUUCUCCUCGAACCAAAAAGUCCAAAUCUAAAUCCAAAUCCAAAUCCAAAUCCAAAUCAAAAACAUCUUCUUCGAAAUCUGUCAACUUCAAAGCCAACGACGAAUAUCAAGACUUGGCUUUGUUGUACGAUUUAGCGGCUCGAAAACAACAAUUACCGGAUAUUUUGACCAGAAUUCCUGCCGAAAAUCUUGCUGUAAUUCCAGAUGACAAAUUGCCACCCAAAAAGUUUUCGAACAAAAUGCGUAGAGAAUAUGUGGUGAUUGGAGAGUUGAAUAAGAAAAAUUAGAAUAAAGAUUUUUUUGAUUCGUUUUUUUGUUGAGAGAACUAAAACACACUUGUUUUUUGGUGUUUUGAUAUUUCAAAUUAUGGGGUGUUCGUAAUUCGCGUAACAUAACUUGAUUUAUCACAUGAGUUGUAUACGGACAGAAUGUUUUGUUUUGCAAAAAAUAUAAAAUGAUUCGGGAAUUAUUUAUCACACCUGUCUUUUUUAUGACUCAUUGAAUAUAUUCUACUUGCAAAACUUUCAGUUAGAUCACGUUUCAAAAUGCUGAAUAAAAGUUCUAAAUUCUAAUCUUGAAAAAUGUUGUGUUCUGGUAAGAUUUGAGAAACGUAUCACAUUUCUCAAGAAAUGAAUUUGGAGUUCAAAUCGUAUAUUCAAAAAACCAAAACUUGAAAUUUUCUCAAAAUUUCCAAGAAAUGUACUCAAGAAAUUAAUUUGCAUAGUUCACGUUUUGAAUUGCAUGAAUUUUGAUUAAAGUUUUUGUGUUGGUUUGAUUUUUCAAAAAAUGUACUUGAAAAAUCAAAUAUUUAUCAGUAAUCAUAAUUUUUCUCAAAAAUGUCGUAUUCUAAUGAUAUAUUACUUAAAAUAUCUCAGACUAUUUCAGAAAUGACUGGGAUGAUUUUUAUCAUUUUUUUGUGUUCUGGUUUAAAAGUGUACGCAAAAAAUUAAAAAUUAAAAAUUCAUGAGUAAUCAUUUCAAGAAGUGUCGCUUUCUAAUGAUACAUCACCUAAAAUAUCUCAAAUUGUGUUAUCUCGUGUUUUUUCUAUGACUCAGUCAGAAUCAGCAAAAAAUAUUAUUUAUUUUAUUUUUCACUUCGGAAAAAGUAUUGGUGUCCACGAGGGAUUUUUGAUUCCUUCCAAAUAAUUAACUGCGCAAACAAAUUUAUUAUCAUUUUUAUUUGUCAGAAAACUCAAAAAUCUCCAUAUUUUUCAGAGUUCGCCUAACUCGAGAUUUUUGUUUUAUAGGCAAAUUAUAUCGCGACAAAAUUCUUUUUUUAUUAGAUUUUCCAUAAUUUUUUGAUAUGUUUUUCUUGUCAGGUGAUAUUUUUCCAAUACAGUGCUUUUAUUUUGUUUGCUCCUGAAAACUCGAAGAUGAAAAUCCAAAGCAUAAAUAAUCUAUAAAUAAAUCUUUAAAUUACUAUUUAUCUCUUCUUUUGAACCCACACAUUCUUUGAUAAUCUAUAAUUUUGUCACUAUUUACUCAGUUGAUUUUUGAGAUCUAAAUUUGUUUUCAACAUUUUUUAUCAUUCUCACAAGUUCCAACACGUACUCACAUGAAAUUAAUUUACAUAUGACAUUUUCUGAAUAAUAUCAUUCUUCUUGAAAUCAAAUUUUAUUUUUUGCAGCAACGGAAAUUAUUUUUCUCUUGAGAUGAGUGAAGAUAUCACAACUUCUUCAACAAUAAUGGCUGAGCCAAAUGGUACAGUUGCAGCUGUCACAGAAGAUCCAGUAAGUUUUCAGUAAAAUAUUUUUAUUGGAAAAUUUUUGCAUAAAUUAAAAUUUUUAGGGAAAAGGCACAUUAAUUUUGAAUGAAACGAUAACUGCAUUAAAUGUCACAACAACAGAAUAUAUUCCAAUUGUUGCAGCUGCAAUCACUUUUGCAACACUUUUAGCAGUCGGUGUUUUGUGUGUCACACUUUUUAUUAUAGUUUUAUAUCGAGGUCGCAAGAAGUUUCAAGAGUUCCCAUUUUUUGCGAUUGUUUAUCAUUUGACGGUGGCUAAUGCAAUUCAUGUUUUUAUGCAAUGCACAACUGUUUUGCCGAUUAUGUUAUAUGAGGUGAGCGGAUAAACAACUGACUAGAAUAGAAUUGGAUAUUUUAUGUUUGGAGGAGGUGAUACUGUAGGUGAUGUGAGAUAUUUCUGACGACGAGAACACGAAAAAUGAUGGAAUUCUUUAAAACUUUUUUUUCUGAACCCGUUUCUGAAUUCGUAUUUUUCAGAGUGAUGAAGAUUCUGCAAAUCGUUUCUGGUAUAAGAUUGGCUCAUAUUUUAUCAUGAUAACCGAACAAGCCUCCCUAUAUUUUACUUUAUUAAUGGCCAUUAAUCGAUUUGUUGUUUUUAUUUUUCCAGAGUUUUUGAAAUAUUUCACAACGUUAGUUUUCAUCUCACUUCUGUAUCUUCACAAAUUCAGACUUUUGAUUUCAGAAGAAACAUUCAUCUUAUAUCCAUAAUAAUCUGGAUUUAUAUCAACUUUAUAGUUUUUUGGAACUAUAAUUAUGGAACUGUUAAAGUGUUCUCAAAGAAAAAACUAUCCGCUCAAGAACAAUUAUUAGGAACUAAUUUUUUGACCAAAUUUUUCACAUUAUGUUCAACGUCUUUGCCAGUUGUUAUGCUUGUUAUGUAUUUUAUUAUUUAUUUGUAUAUUGUUAAAAAGCGUCAAGUUAUUGAGAAUACCAAAAACUCGGAUCGUGAUCGAAUUUUGAUGUUACAAGCUGUGAUUAUCACUUUAUCUUUGGAACUUGUAAAUGUGACUGAUAUGAUAAGCCCGUUUCUCAAAACUGCACCGACUUCUGUCACUUGGAUUUGGACUAUUUUUUGUUACUGGUUAGUAACUCUUUAUUCAUAA